AUGGAUGUCGCCUUGUCCACUUCUCUUGACGAUGAGAUUGUGCUGGGACCGGAAGCUCUGCUGGUGAACAAUAAGUUGACAUUGCAACCGCCUUUUGUGCAGAUAUUUAUCGUGGCGGCCGCCUCUGGAACCAUUACGUUGGCGACAAGCUCGACUCCUACGGCGAUGUUCAGCGAGAAUCCGACCUUGUUUCCCACGGAAUCUCCUUCCACAGACCCGACUAUUGCCCCAGUGGCUGUUCCAGACACUCAGGCUCCAAGUAGAUCACCGACAGUUGCACCAAUCGUUGAAGCAACUCCAGAACCUUGUCUCCCGCCGACUUCUGUGCCUACAUUUGCUCCUGUCACCGAUCCAACCCCAGGCACUUCCACCACCACCACCACCCACUUGGUCCGAUAG